AUGGUGCAUCCGGACAACAUUGUCACCGAUGAGUUAGUAGUCACGGAAGAGGUCAAUGUAGAUGCUAAGCCUAAAGAGUCGGUUAACGAUGUUAAAACCAAAACCGUUGCGGUGGAUGUUCGACCACAAUUUACAAAUGAUAUGACUUUCGCUUGUCGCGAACAUGUGCUAGAUUGGGUCCGAAAUGAAGCUAGUAAACUUGGAUUUGACAUUGUGAUAUUAAGGUCCUACAAUGGUACUAGUAGAAGGAAAGCUUUUGUUGUGUUGAAUUGCGACAGGGGUGGGAAGAUUGAUGAUUUGUGGCGUUUUAGCGUCGUUUGUGAACUUCAUAAUCACACAUUGGACACUAAGCUACACGAGCAUCCAAUUGCGUGUCGGUUGUCUUGCGAAAAGAAGGAUGCUAUUUCGGAAUUAUCGAUAAUCAAAGUUUCACUAAGAAAUAUACUUUCCGAUUUGAAGCGAAAGAAACCAGAUAGUGUUUCAAAUAUCAAGCAGGUAUACAAUGAACGAUACGAUCUUAAAGUUGAGAAAAUGGGCUCGAGGUCGGAAAUGCAACACCUUUUGAAGCUCUUGGGUGAUAAUCAAUACGUUUCAAGUUUUAGAACUUGUGAGGACAAAUUUACGGUUCUCGCGCAACACGCCAUUCGCGAAGUUGAUACCGACAUUCAAUUAUCUCUUGCAAUAUACCCGAAAAAUCGGAAGGUUGUCAAGCUUGAGUACCGCUCUCCGUCACUUGACGACGACGAAGACAUCCAGUUCACCCAAUUCGAGGUCAAGAACGACGAAGAUUUAGAGACAAUAUUUUGA